GGAAUGCAUGCUUUACCAAGCAAACGCAGUUACUAGCUAACACUCUUCCAAAGGACGAGUAUUGGACUUCAUACACUUAGAGAAAUAUGGGAACCUCAGUUGGGUUGAGGCACUGGCCUCAACUCAUCUAUGCAAUAGCAAUUUGCAUAAUUGCUACCAAUGUAGCUGCUGAUGAUGAUAAACCUUACUAUGGAGGCCAACCCAGCAAUUACUAUCCACACCCAUCCCCACCAAGUCAUGGACACCCACCUUACUAUUACAAACCACCAACUCAUGGAGAUCAUCCACCACAUUACUUCAAACCACCUCCUUAUGUUCACAAAUUUCCACCAUAUUAUUACAAAUCUCCACCACCACCGUCUCCAUCACCACCACCUCCUUAUGUUUACAAGUCCCCUCCACCACCAUCUCCCUUGUCUCCUCCUCCAUAUGUUUAUAAUUCACCACCUCCUCCAUCUCCUUCACCUCCUCCACCAUAUGUCUAUAAGAGUCCACCACCACCCUCUCCAUCACCACCACCUCCAUACGUCUACAAGUCUCCCCCUCCACCAUCACCAUCUCCUCCCCCACCAUAUGUUUACAACUCACCGCCACCUCCAUCCCCUUCUCCUCCUCCUCCGUAUGUCUACAAGUCACCACCCCCACCAUCUCCUUCCCCACCACCACCAUAUAUUUAUAAAUCCCCACCCCCACCAUCACCUUCACCUCCUCCACCAUAUGUCUACAAGUCUCCUCCUCCACCAUCACCCUCUCCUCCUCCACCAUAUGUAUAUAAGUCACCGCCACCUCCAUCACCUUCACCUCCUCCUCCAUACGUUUAUAAGUCACCACCUCCACCAUCACCCUCACCUCCUCCACCAUAUGUAUACAAGUCUCCACCUCCUCCAUCACCCUCUCCUCCCCCACCAUAUGUUUACAAGUCACCACCUCUACCAUCUCCAUCCCCACCACCUCCAUAUGUUUAUAAGUCUCCUCCUCCACCAUCUCCCUCACCACCCCCUCCAUAUGUCUACAAGUCACCACCACCACCAUCCCCCUCACCACCCCCUCCAUAUGUCUACAAGUCCCCACCCCCACCAUCACCCUCUCCACCACCCCCAUAUGUUUACAAGUCUCCACCCCCACCAUCCCCUUCACCUCCUCCACCAUACUAUUAUAAGUCCCCUCCUCCUCCUUCUCCUUCACCACCUCCUCCAUAUGUCUACAAAUCUCCACCUCCACCAUCUCCUUCACCUCCUCCUCCAUAUGUAUACAAAUCUCCACCCCCACCAUCUCCUUCACCUCCUCCACCCUAUGUCUAUAAGUCACCACCACCUCCUUCACCUUCACCACUUUCUCAAUACUACUACAAGUCUCCACCUCCACCUCCACCAUCUCCAUCACCUCAUCCAUAUCAUCCCUACCUCUAUAACUCACCCCCGCCUCCAUAUUAAGUUGCCAACUAAAGCUAUUUGAAUUUUUUUCAAUGAAUUGUGUUCAAUAUUGUUUCUGUUAAUUUGUAUUUAAACUUCUGUUAAUAAAACAAUAUCUAUUAUAUGAAUUAAGAGCCUUGUUUUGGUUUUA